AUGAGAGUUGUAUUGGUAAACGAUACAUCUGCUGAAGAGUUCUCCAAGCAAUUGCUGUUAAUCGGUAAUGGCCGUGUAGCUGUUGAAGAAUCGAGCGGAUUAAUUGCAUUUCCUUCAAAUUUUUGCAAUUUCGUCUCAUCAAAAGACGAACUCAUCAAUGAAGUAUUUCCGAACAUCAUUGAUAAUCAUAAAAACAAAAAAUGGUUGAGUGAGCGAGCAAUUUUGGCAGCUAAGAACAAAGAUGUGAAUGACUUAAGCUUUGUAAUUCAAAAUCAAAUCGUUGGUACUCUGCAUACAUUCAAAUCUAUUGACUGUGUAACAAACGAAGAAGAAGCUACCAACUAUCCAACUGAAUUUUUGAACUCCUUGGAUGUGCCUGGCUUACCACCGCACAAUUUACAAUUAAAGAUUGGUUCGGUAGUCAUUAUGCUUCGAAAUCUAAACCAACCAAAACUAUGCAAUGGAACGCGUUUAGUGAUAACAAAACUGAUGGCCAAUGUGAUUCAAUGA